UCUGACUUCACUUCAGCUUGAUUUUAUUUUGAAAUACUCAAGAGUCCGACGUGUGUUUGUGCACUGAUCGGUCACCAAACAUCUGUUGGACAAAUGACGUCCCCGUCAGCCUCAGAGGAAAUGUUUAGAAGUGGUGACCUGCUGAGGGCAGAUGAAAACUAGCUCGAAGCUAACUCCUGUACAGGGUUAUGUUUAAUAUUGUACACUGGGCCCAUUACAAAAACAAUAAAUACAUAAAAAAACACAAUUUUUCUGCAGCACAGGGGCGUGUCCAGAGGGGCAGUUUGAGCCCCCCUUGAGCUCUAGUUGGCCACCCUAAAAAAACUACGAUUGGCAAUUUGCCUGGUCAGAGGCGGGACCUAUGUUAUAAAAAAAAAUUGGGCAUGUUGCAGCUUUGAAUGGGUUUUAUUGCAGCACUUUUUCUUUUGUUAUACUUUAAAUCGUGACUUUGUUUUAUUAAAAACAUAAAAUUCUCUUUAUAAUUCAAACUCCGAUAUAAUCAGUCCUUUGAAUCCUGUGCGAUGGUGUUUAAUUCAGAUCUUUGUCCUCCAGUCUGUGAGGAGUGUCAGGAUUAUUUCCAGGACGAGUGUCCGUCCCACGGGCCCCCGCUGUUCAUCCGGGAUACACCUGCAGCCCCGGGGUCGGCCAACAGGGCAACGCUCACCGUCCCGUCAGGGCUGGAGGUCUUCACCGAGGGAGACGAGGUGGAUGUUCGCUGCGUGGAUCCAAAUAUCCUGAAGGGGGCGGUGUUCGGUCCGUUUGAAGGGGAGCUGGUGACCAAAGACAAAUCCUCAGGCUUCUACUCCUGGAUAAUCGUCGAUCAUAACAACACGUACCGAUCCAUCGAUGGCAGCGACGAGACCAAAGCCAACUGGAUGAGGUUUGUCCGUUCCUCAUCUGAGGAGAGCGACAGGAACUUGACGGCGUUUCAGCACCAGAAGAACAUCUACUUCAGAGUUUGUCGGACUCUGGAGGCCGGAGAGAAGCUGAGGGUUUGGUACAGCGACGACUACAUCCAACGACUUCACUGUGUCUCUCAGGAGAGCAUCGACCGCAACCUGGACUCAGGUACAGAGAAGCCUGCCGUCCUGCCAAACAUUCAGAAAGACUUUAAAUCUCCGUGCCUGCAGUCAGCUCUGCAGGGCAAACCCAGCCCGAGAAAACAACCUGACGAAGAGCCCGACGGCCAACCUCCUACCAAGAGGAAGAAGAUUGACCUCAUCUUCAAAGACGUCCUAAAGGCUACUCUUAAAGACUCCAGCAAGCUGUGCAUCUCAAAAGGCUGUAAACCAUCAACGCCCGGUUCGGGGUCGUCUGAAAGAAGCUUUAACGUUUCAAACCUGAAGGUGGAGGAGAACGAGAGCAGCGAGGCACCCUCCACCUCCUUCUGCCCCAACUGUGUCAAACUGAAGAAGAGGAUCCUAGAGCUGGAGGAGGAGCUGUCCCGUCUUAGGGGAGGAAGGGGCAGCGUGGUCGGGCCAUCAAUGUCUGAACAGCACCAGCCCCAAAACCACCAGGUCCCGCCUCACCCUGAACAAGGCCCCAUCGAAGAUUUACAAGGGAUGGAGUCCCUGACUCCCACUCAAGUGGUCCUGGAGGAAGACGACCAGGAUGUUGACUCUGCUGACGAGUCGAUUGCUACAGAACUUGUGAUUUUUCCAGAGGACUCAACAAAGUUUUCUUCUGGAGGAGGUCGACGGAUUCGCCGCUUCAAGCAGGAGUGGCUGAAAAAGUUCUGGUUCCUUCGCUACUCGCCAACUCUCAAUGAGAUGUGGUGCCAUGUUUGCCGCCAGUACACCGUCCAAUCAUCCAGAACAUCUGCCUUUAUCAUCGGCUCCAAGCAGUUCAAGAUCCACACCAUCAAGCUCCACAGCCAGAGCAACCUCCAUAAGAAGUGUCUGCAGCUGUACAAGCUGCGUAUGCAUCCAGAGAAGACCGAGGAGAUGUGCAAGAACAUGAUGAUGCUGUUCAACGCCGCGUAUCACUUGGCUCUCGAAGGACGACCCUUCUCUGACCUCCGUCCACUGGCAGAGCUUCUGAAGAGGUGUGAACUCAAAGUGGUGGACCAGUACAUGAAUGAAGGAGAUUGUCAGAUCCUUGUUCACCACAUUGCCCAUACUGUGAAGGAAGACCUGGCUGAGAAGAUGCGCCUGUCUCCCUUCCUCAGUGUCAUAAUGGACGCCCAAAAUGACGACCUUUUCUCAGACAUGGUGGCAGUGUACGUCCAGUUCAUCACCAAUGAGGGCUCCCCGAACACAGAGUUCCUGUCCUUGCAAAGGCUGAACAUGGCUAGUGUGGACGGGUAUCUUCAGGCAAUGGACCGAGCCUUUGGGGUCCUUGGUCUCAGGUUUCAGGACUUACUGGUGGUGGGUCUGGGGCUCGACGGCACCAACAUCUCUUCAGGAACGAGAGCCAGCCUAUACAUGGCUGUACAAAAGACCUUUCCAUGGAUCCUUUGUCUUCCUAUCAUGAUCCAUCGUCCCCAUCUGGAGGUGCUGGAUGCCAUCAGUGGGAAGGAGCUCUCCUGCCUGGAGGAUCUGGAAAACAACCUCAAGCAGCUUCUCAGUUUCUACCGCUACUCGCCUCGCAUGAUGGCUGAGCUGCGAUCCACCGCGCCAACGCUGUCGGAGGAGACAGAGUUCCUUGGAGACAUUAGAGCCAUUCAAUGGAUCAUAGGAGAACCAAACGUCCUUAACGCAUUAAUCAAAGAUUACCUGGAGGUAGUCGCACACCUGAAGGAGAUCAGCAGCCAGACACAAAGGGCUGAUGCAGCUGCCAUCGCACUGACCCUCCUCCAGUUCCUCAUGGACUAUCAGUCAGUGAAGCUCAUCUACUUCCUUCUCGACAUCAUAGCUGUUCUCUCUCGUUUAGCCUUCACCUUCCAAGGGGAGUACCUGCUGGUGUCACAGGUGGAAGCCAAGAUUGAGGAGGCUGUCCUGGAGAUUGGUCAGUUGGUGGACUGCCCCGGAGAAUAUCUGCAGGAGUUUGAGGAAAAUUUCCGUGAAAGUUUUAACGGCGUUGCUCUAAAGAACCUCCGGGUUGCCGAGUCCAAGUUUCAGUCCAUCCGAGAAAAGAUCUGCAACCGCAGCCAGGUAAUCCUGUCUCAGAGGUUGGACCUACAGAGCUGUUCAUUUGCCAAAGCCUGCAGGGUCCUGGAUCUGUCCACCUGGCCUCACAACCGGGAGGACCUGCAGGCUUACGGGGAGGAAGAAAUCCAGAUGAUAUUCAACCAUCUGGAGUCCAUCCCCACUGGGGGUCAGGAGGGCUCCCUGGCCAGGACCGAGGCCAAAGGCAGCCUGGUGGGGGAGUGGAAGGAUUUGAAAUCAGACUACUACAGUAUGAACGGUUUCAAAGAGGUCAUCAGUCAUGUCUGCAGGUACAAGCAGCGCUUUCCUCUGCUGAACCGGAUCAUACAAGUCAUCAGGGUCCUGCCCAGUUCCACGGCCUGCUGCGAUAAAGGCAGAGGGUCUCUACAGAAGAUGUGUAAGAACAAUCGUUCCCGGCUGACUCUGGAGCAGAUGAACGACCUGCUGACUGUUGCGGUGAACGGACCGCCCAUCUCUAACUUUGAUGGGAAGCGAGCGUUGGACAGCUGGUUUGAGGAGAAGUCUGGCAGCAGUUACUCUCUGUCAGCUGAGGUGUUGAACAGGAUGUCGUCCGCUGAUCAGAAGUCUGUCCUGCACAGUGUCGAUGUUAACACAGACUUCUACCCGGAUAUUUAACUACAAAGAAACAUUGUAAAGCUGAGCUAAUGAGAAGAAAAGGUUUUUUAAACAUUGAUAACAUAUUGCCGUCCAAUCUUUCUAAACGGUAAAGGACAGGGGGGUCUUUGCUCCAUCUGUUCUUCACUGCUGAGUAAACCUCUGUGUGAGAGAGAUUCCUGCUCAGCUGAGUGAAACAUUCCCGGGCGGGCAAGGAAUCAAGCAAAAAGCAGGGGCCGCGUGGCUUUAUCUGCAGUGACAGUAAAGAGACACAACACAACGACAAAUACAUGCAAAAUAAAUAUACAUGUGUAUGUUGAUCAAAGAAGCAAAACACAGACAAAAAGACAAUAAAACAAACACAUGUAAGGCUUUCACAAACUCCUGAAAAUUCCAGGAGGAGCUGACAUCCAAAUCUUUCCCUCUAGCCAUUUUCACAUCUGCACUCAUCUGCAGACUUUCCCUGUAGGGAAUGCAGCAGGUUCAUUAGAGCACGGAGAUGGUAGAGGUGGCGUGCAGACAGUCUAUGGUCGUGCAGCGAUCACAGGGAAUAAACGUCACCACCCCCUCCCACUCGCUCCAGGUGAAUUCUCCUGAUUAUAUCCUGCUGCGUUCUCACAUCAGCUCACUCUGACUUUCUGCAGAAUAAAUACGAGGAGGCUGGAGGAGAAACUCCGGGUGAAGAGAGAAACAUUCAGCUGUUUGUGUUCACACAUGACGCUCAGAAAAUAUCAGGAGGAUUCUGCAGGUGUGAACGUCCUAUCUGACUUCACCUGGAGUUUCUUUGCCUCCUAGUAUUUUUCCGCAGCAACUCCAAGUGAGCUGAUGUGAGAAUAUACAUGUAGAAGGAUAUAAUCAGCAGUCCUCCUGAAAUGAUCUAGAUAUUUUCAGGAGUGCAUGUGUGAAAGCGGCUAAAGAGAAAAAAAAGACUGGUUUAGCGUCCCACGUACAAAGGCUACAGUCCUUAUCGCACGGGUCAGAGGAUCGAUUCCCAAUCCUGACGUAAUCUCCCCACCAAAGAAAAAGUUUAAUGUCUAAAAAAAAGUCCCACGAAAAGACACAAGACGACCACAGGGGGACACCAGAAACCCUUGUGAUGGGUCCCUCAACUACCACAGAGACUGAAAACAGUAAGAAACUGUAAAUCAUUUCAACAAGGCGAACAGGGACAGAAAACGACCACACAAUAAGUUUAUGUCUGGACGGUUGUUUGGCCCAUGCCAGGGUUUGAUUGACAGCUGUCACACCAGCACAAACAAACCGCAAUAACGAGUUAGUUUGAACUGAACCAAACGGGUUAGGUGUGAAAACCAAAACAAAUCAAAGAUGCAAAUGAGAAGAACUCACAGAUGCAAAACAACCACAAACAACUUGUCCCGUGUGCCAGAUGAGCGGCUGUGGACUGAGACCGGCCGUGUCCAGCUGGAUCCAGUGAUGAAGUCUUCUUUCUCUGCUGGUCUUUGUCUAGCUGAGCUCGCUGAGGGUCCCUGCUCUUGUCAGAUUGGAUAAAUAAGCUCUUGUCUCUUGAAUAAAAUGUCAGUUAUACGUGAGAAACAAUCAGUGAGCAGAGCGUGUGUCCCGCUGAGCGUCUCUGCAUGCUUACAGACUAGGUAUUCAGUGGCGUUGAGUAUGAAGGCUUUAUAUUUCUAAUAGAAAAGCUUCUUCUUGUAUAGAUCCUAUAAAGUGUAUAUACUGGAUGCUGUCGAGCCUGUUUGUAAGAGACUAUUUUUCUCUUGAAUUUCAUGAUUGUGCCAAAACGAGCGAAAGAAAAAAAGGUGCUUUCCUGCCACGUUGUGUUUAUAAUGCUGCAGGUCCUGCGAUGAUUCUACUUCCUGUUUGGAGGAACUUCAGUCUCAGCAAAGCCAAAGCUAACGCUCACAAGGAUUUAAGAGUAACGAAGACUGCAUGAUGAUUUUAAACUGUUUCUAUUCAGUGAAAAGUUUCAAAGAUGACGUUAUGAGAUGCUGAGACGACUUCAGCUCGACUUCCUGUCCUGAGGCUGAAGAAGUUGAGGACAUUUUGGGAAAUUCACUUAAUUUACAGCCUGCUUCGGGUCGCUGGUGGAGCAGUGGUCAGUGCUCGUGCCCAAAGUAUGGAGGCUGUAGUCCUCCAGGCGGGCGGCCCAGGUUCAAAUCCAACCUGUGGCUCCUUUCCUGCAUGUCAUUCCCCUCUCUCUCCCUGAUUUCUGACUCUAUCCACUGUCCUAUCUCUCCAAUAAAGGCACAAAAAGCC